AUGGUAGCGAGCGAAGGGGGGAAGCCACUGAUAUGGAUCAAGAACAACCACGUAUCGUUGACGGACCACUACUACGAGUAUUUGCAAAGCCCUGCUGUGGCCGCGGUCCUCUGCAUUCUCAUCGGACCAUUGUUGUAUAGCCUAGCUCAGCAAACCUUUCGACGACCCCGGUCUCCAGUAAAACGGAAACAAGACCUCUACCGCCUUGGACUAUCGAAACGAAGUAAUCUAGACGAGCAAUCUCGACCGCCGUCGGAAACAUCGGAUGCCAGAGUCAAAGCGCUCUUCACCUACCCGAUCAAGUCUUGCCGUGGAAUCGAGCUCGCUGCAUCAGAAGUCGGCGCUACGGGUCUCAAAUAUGAUCGCCUCUUCACCUUCGCACAGCUGGUCUCCUCGCCGGAUGAGUCCAGACAGCCCCGAAGCAGGAAGCAGGCGGUGAACCAUGACUGGAAGCAUGAGUGGCGGUUCAUCACGCAGAGAGAGUUUCCACGGUUGGCGCUGCUCCGGACCGAGCUGUGGGUGCCCUCGAGGAAAUCUCAAGAUCCGAUGAAGAAGCGGAAGAAGAGUUCGUGGGCGGGAAACGGCGGGUGUGUGGCCGUUCGCUUUCCGCUCGAGCCUGGCUUCAAUCCUUUCGGCCUUCGCACGGAGACCAUGACAUUCCGUGUACCCCUCAUGCCUUCAUCCGAGUGGGCGCGGAAUCGAGGGUACAGCAGAGAGACCAUGACCAUCUGGAAGGACCAGGCAUCCGCGAUCAACGUCACCAAUGACAUCCCACCUGAUACUCUUGAGAAGCUGAAGUCUUUCCUGGGAGUCAGCAAUACUCUCGGUCUCUUCCGCGUGGACGACCGAAACCGACGGGCAGUCACUCGUUCUUUGCCCAAGGAUAGACCUGAAGAGUCGUAUUCUGUUGGCUUCGGCGACGCAUUCCCGCUGCACAUCCUCAGUCUCGCCAGUGUGCGAGCGAUAGCUAAGGACCUGCCCGACAAAUCAAAGGACCGAGGCCGCCUGGACGCAAAGCGCUUCCGAGCAAACAUCUACCUCGACGGCGUACCAGCCUACGAAGAGGACGAAUGGAAGAAGGUGCACAUUGGGAGAUGUAUCAAACGCAUCUCGGACCAAAGGAGUUUCGAAGAGACCGACGGAGAGUACCAUGUGGCAUGCCGCACAGCUCGUUGCACCCUCCCGAACGUCGACCAAGACAGCGGGGUGAGAGAUGCCAACGAGCCGUAUACUGCGCUUGGAAAGACGAGGAAGGUGGACAAGGGCGCUUACCCGCAUCCCUGCCUAGGCAUGCAGAUGAUCCCGCUAUUCCAGCAAGGACUGCUCCGGGUUGGUGAUGAGGUCAAAGUGGUGGAGACGGGAGAGCACUCUUAUGAGAAGAUGUUUGGAUGA